AUGGACCUGGGGGAUUCGACCGGCAGCGAUGGCGAUCACAGGCCGCGCGUCAUCCCUUCAGAUCUGCCAACCUCGCUCGACGACCGCAGACACGCGCCCACCGAGGGCUUCGUCGCCGAGACGGAAAUGUAUGACGGAUGGCAAGGCCAGUCCCAGUUCCUCACGACGCCCGCGCUCGCCAAGCCCCUCAAUUUCGGAAACCUGUCGCUCAACGACGCCGACUACGCCCAGGGCUCCGCCGCCAACGGCCCCAAGAGCAGCGACGCCAGGCUGAUGCAGAUGCUGCAAGCCCAGGCCGCUGCCAACCAGUCCGGUCAAGGCCUCGAGGAUGAGCAGGCAGUCGCCGACGACGAGAAGCUGACCGAGGCGGACAAGAAGGCCAUGCUCCAGAAGGCCCUGGCCAUGGCCGCCAGCAACGGCGACGUCGCAAAGGUCAAGCGCCUGGUCACGGGAAAGGCAAAGCCCUUUACCGACGUCAACGCCUCUGACGAGGACGGCACCCCGCCUCUCAUCUAUGCCAGCUGCUUUGGCCAUGAAAGCGUUGUGCAGGCUCUGAUCGAGGCCGGCGCCGACGUGGACAAGCAGGACCGGAAUCAGUGGAGUCCCCUCAUGUGGGCCAUGACGAACCGCCACAAGGGCAUCGCCAAGCUGCUCCUCGACAACAACGCAUCCUCGGACCAGAAGACGUCGUCGGGGCGCACCGCCUUUGACUUUGUCCCGCCCGACAGCGAAAUGUCGUACUACCUGCAUGACAAUGGCUACAACCUCGGAAACGCGGGCGUCGGUGACGACUACUACAGCCCGGGCUUCUCCCAGGAGCGCUUCGAGGAGGAAAUGGCCGAAAACGAGAUGCGGAGGCGCCUCAUGAUGGAGAGCGCCAGGGACCUCGAGGUCGACCUGGGCAACGUCGGCAUGGACGACCAGCCAGAGCCCGCCGACGACUUUGAGGAGGAGCAGCAGGAGUUUGACUGGAGCCGCUGCCUCCACGACCAAAUGUUUGUCUUUCAGGAAAGCGAGCUCGAUCGGAUCCUCGACAUCAUCAUCACCAAAAUGACGCCGCAGAGGUCGCCGUCGCAAAAGCCGGUGCCCGCCAACAUGAUCUUCCUCAGCGCCCGAUACGCCCACUACCACUCGAGCCCCGAGCUGCUCGAGAGGCUUCUCGUGAGCGCCAUGGACCUCAUCAACGACGUGGUCGAGAGGUCGCAGUGGGACAUGACCAUCCUGGCCUUUUGGCUCUCCAACGCGACGCUGCUGCUGCACUACUUGAAGAAGGAUGCCGGCCUGGUCGAGGCGACGUCCGAGUUCCAGGCCCACCUCGCCGAACUCAUCAACGAAAUCUUCAUCCUCAUCGUCCGCGACGCCGAGCGACGCCUCGACAAGGUCCUGGACGCGGCCAUGCUGGACCACGAAACCAUUCCCGGCUUCGAGGAUAUUACCUUUCAGAACGAGUGGAAGCUCUUUAAGCGAAAGACGACGGUCAAGCAAGAGCCGCCCGAGAAGCGCUUCCGGCCCCCGUCGCCGAAGCGGCGGGCCAAGCCGGCCCCGAGGAACGUGACGUCGCUCCUGUCCUCGACGCUCUUCGUCCUGGACCUCUACGACGUGCACUCGGUGAUUACGGCGCAGAUCGUGACGCAGCUGCUCUACUGGAUCGGUGCCGAGCUGUUCAACAGGAUCAUGUCCAACAGGAAAUACCUGGCGCGGACAAAGGCCAUGCAGAUCCGCAUGAACAUGUCCACCCUGGAGGACUGGGCGCGGACCAACAACAGACAGGCCGAGCAUUACGAGGGAGGGGAGACGCGGUCGACGGGGGAAAUGACGGCGGACGCGGCUCGGCGACACCUGGCCCCCUGCAUCCAGCUCCUGCAGUGGCUACAGUGCUUCUCGUCCCUGGGGCCCGACGACCUCGAGGCGCUGGUGGGCACGCUGCAACAGCUCAAGAGGCUUACGCCCCAGCAACUUAUCCACGCAGCGUCGCACUACCGGCCCGAGGUUGGGGAGAAGGGGCUACCCAAGAGCGCGACGAAGUACCUCUUGGCGGUGCAGCGGGAGGCGGCGCUCAAGCGAGACCGGCGCCGCAGCCGGGCGGCCUCGCCGCUGUCGCCCACGGGCGGGGACUACGCGCCGGCCACGCCUGUCAGGGGCAAGGCGAACGGCAACGGACUCGAGGCGCCCGGCGGCGGCCCGAGUCCGCCCAAGGCGAACGGGGCGGACGCAUCGGACGGAGAGGGGGAGGACGCGCCGGAGCACCUGUUGCUGGACCCGGCGCUGAUGCUGCCGUUUACGCUGCCGUCGGUGACGGACAUGCUGGUGUCGUACGGGGCGGGCUUCGGGGGCAUGAACCGCGAGCGGGAGCUCAAGUACAUACCGACGGUGCCGGCCGAGUUCCUGGAGAAGCUCGAGGUGAGCGGGGUGCGCAAGGAGCCCAUGUUUGAGGAGAAGGACUGGGAAAACGAGGAAGUGUGA